AGCACCACUCGCGCGUACUAGUAGGCGUGGUCUGGAUUCCACCAUGACUGGUCCGUCCAGUGGGUAUAGGACAUUUUCCUAUUUUUUUUUUGGGAGUUCCUGAAUCCUGACCGAAUCUUGUCAACGGAAAAGAAAGGAAAAAGAAGGAGAAAAUGGACGCUGUUGUUACUAAAGGUUUCUUCUCAAUAGUCCGUAGAACCAAACAUGAAAAUGAGUUCUCUUCGAAAAAGGGACUUUUUUGCAGUUCCAUGGUAUCCAGAAAAUCAUCUAGGAUUAAUAGAAUUUCCUGCAAAGUUUCAGGUGGUGGGAUUGAAGAAAAUCCCACGAAAACCAGUAGCAGUAGGAACAAGAUGGAAGAGUAUAAUGUUGCGAUGAAGAGGAUGAUGAGGAACCCAUAUGAAUACCACCAUGAUCUUGGCAUGAACUAUACCCACAUAACUCACAAUUUGAUUGUGGGUUCCCAGCCUCAGAAGCGCAAAGACAUAGAUCAUCUGAAGCAGGAGGAGAAAGUAGCAUACAUUCUAAACUUGCAGCAGGAUAAGGACAUUGAGUACUGGGGAAUUGACUUGGUAUCGAUUGUCGAUCGAUGUAAAGAAGUUGGUAUCCGUCACAUGAGAAGGCCUGCAAGGGAUUUUGACCCAGAUUCCCUCAGGAAGGGAUUACCUAAGUCUGUCUCUUCAUUAGAAUGGGCCAUAUCAGAGGGUAAAGGAAGAGUUUAUGUACAUUGUACGGCUGGAUUGGGGAGGGCCCCUGCUGUUGCAAUUGCUUAUAUGUUCUGGUUCUGUAAUAUGAAUUUAAAGACAGCAUACGAGAGCCUUACUUCAAAGAGGCCAUGUGGACCUAAUAAAAGAGCAAUACGCGGAGCCACUUAUGAUCUGGCUAAAAACGAUCCAUGGAAAGAGCCCUUUGAGAGCCUUCCUGAACAUGCUUUUGAGGAUAUAGCAGGUUGGGAGCGGAAGUUGAUUCAAGAACGAGUUCGUGCUCUCCGUGGAACUUGAGAAUGCAGGUUUGUUCCAUUAAAAGCACCUGUUUUCUUUAAAAAAAAAAUUCUGAGGGUUGAAGGUGCUGAGAACACUCUGAUUAACAUUGGGCUCUUCUUGCAUUCUCUACAAGUGUGUUUGCUUAGGGUCUUUGGCCAUGUGUACCUUUGAUGUUACUGGAGAAGGGGUAUUCUUCCUUAUAUAUAUAUAAGCACACUUAUGAUCUAAAGAUGUCUUCACUUGGCUGGAGUUAUUACCUGAAGUCAUGUUAAAUAACCCAAAGCUUCUUGAACAAAACUCAUUAGUUCAUCUUUUUUGGGUAAAUCCAUUAGUUCAUCUUAGGCACUAGUAGUUGUUUUAGUUGUACCUUAAGAAACCUCAGACACUUUGGCUGUUUAAUGGUCUAAAGUGCUAUCGUAAUCGUAUAGAACCUACCGACCAAUGAUAUCAGUUAGUUAUUCUGAUAGCUAUAAUCCCUGAUUAUCCGUUCUCAUGUUUGCAUUGAUAUAAUGAUAAAUAUCUCCUCUUUUUUAUGAA